GGGGCCCGCGGGGGCGAGUGCGCGCCCGGGGAGCGCAGCCACUCCUCCAAGGUCUUCAAGUUGGACAUCUACUUGCGGAAGACCGAGGGCACAUCGGGGGACCAGCCGGGGGACGCGACUGCCGAGCCGGGCGAGGGCAGCGAUCCCGAGGACAUGGAGAAGAGAUCGAGCGGUCGCCGGUCCGGCAGGCGCCGGAAAUCCCAGAAAUCCAGCGACUCCUCCGGAGCGGACGCGGACGUAGCUCCGCCCGACUGCGCGGCCCGGGACGACCCGGGGGUGUUCGACGACCCAGGGACACCGCCGAUCGCGGCCCCCGAACCGGUGCUUUUGGCGGAAAAGAAGGGGAAAUCUGCGCGCGCGGAAACCGUCUCGGCGGCGAGCCCCGAACCCUGCAAGCCGGGCCCCCACCCCAAAGCGCAGCAGCCGCUCCGAGGGGAGGCGGACCGGAGCAGAACGACGCCGCAGUCGCCCGCCACGUUCCCCACCAAGCGGAAGGGCCGGAGCCGCGUGCCCGAGGCGGUGCCCCCUUCUCCCGUCGGUGGCCCGCGGGCGCCCGCCAAGGAAUCCACACCCAAGAAGGCGCCCGCCGCCUUGGAGCCCGGCCCGGCCCUCGCCAAGGGGGCCGCGGCGGACAGCGGGGACGAGAGCGCACGGGUCAUCCCGCGCGAGCUCACGGUCAAGAGCAGCUCGCUGCUGCCCGAGUUCAAACCCGAGCACCGGCGGGGCUCGCUGCCCCACCAUCUCGACGGGAGUCGAAGCAAAGACCUGGGCAGGUCGUCCGGGGGAGCCGAGGCCUCCGACUCCUCCUCCUUGAAGCACAGGAACCAUUUCGGCGCCGGCAGGUCCACGGUGACCACCAAAGUGACCCUUCCUGCCAAGCCAAAAAAUGUGGAACUCAAUCUGAAAACACCUAAGAAUCUUGACAAUCUGGGCAGUGAGCACAAUCCAUUUAGCCAGCCAGUUCAUAAAGGAAAUACUGCCACUAAAAUUUCCUUAUUUGAAAACAAACGUGUCAACGGGAGCCCCAAGCACACUGAGACCCGGGCUCUGCGCAAUGUGCCCCCUUCCAGUAAAACAUUUGUCGGGAGAGCCAAACUGAAUUUAGCCAAAAAAGCCAAGGAAAUGGAGCAAUCUGAAAAGAAAGUCACACCAAACAGCCACCAAAAUGGGGUUCCGGGUAAGGAAGCUGCUGCCGAGGCCAAAGCCAUGCUUUCCAAACAGACAUCUGUAGCUGUGACCACGGACCAGCCUGGGGGUGGCCUACUGCACCCACCUAAAGAAGAGACACCCUCAGACUCCAGCUGCCCUCCUGAGCCAGGGACAAUUGCUCAAGUAAAGGUCCAGGACCAGGUAUUUGCAGGAGAGGUUGCUUCAGAAGCUGCUGACUGUAACACACAUGUAGAAGACCUCACUGGGAUGGCCCACAAUGGCCCCGUGGAGCUCAGUGCCCAUAUCACAGCACCAGUAGCCAUACUGAAGCCACAGGAUCUGGGCUCUGACUCAGUUCCAUCUCCUGAGUCAUCUGUAGGGCCUUCUCUGUCUCUGUCUGCACCACAUCAUGUGGAUGGCCCCCAGGACACUUGUGUUCCAGUACCUGGCAGCAAUGUUCCAGACUCAAUUCUAAAAGCAUCAGAGUGUUCUGGGGAGGAGACCCCCAACAGACUACCUGGAGAAGAGACCAGCGAGUCCAAGAUGCUAGUCCAGGUCCGGUCUUUUGUGCUGCCGGUGGAGAGCCCCCAGGAGGUGAACACUCACAUCAUCACUGACAGCUCUGAAGUUAGGGAAGGACAGCUACCCAGUUGUCACAAUAAUGAACUGGAGGUGGUUUCCGUUGCCAGUUGUGUGCCCCAGAAAGAGGAAGUGGGUAAUCAGAACUCCCUCCCAGAAGGCAUCUCCUGCAGAGAGGAGACUAGGGCAAGAUCUGGCCCACAAGUCAUGCAGGAGAAGGCAUCAGAGAAAACCCUGCCUCCCCAGGCUCAAAGUCAGGGCCAUUCAGUAACCCCAACAGCCAAAUCUGUCUCCUGCGGAAGCAAUAAUUUGGAAACGCCUCUAAAAUCAGCUCAAAAUGGGGUGAAUGGCCAGGACACCUCUGCCAGUGUUUUGAACAUUUCUGCUGGGAGUGAUGACAGUGUAUUGGAUUCUUCUUCAGACAUGGAAAAGUUCACGGAAAUUAUCAAAAAGAUGGACAGUGCAGCCUGUGUGCCCCAGAAAAAAAAGAAGACCAGGGUGCCCAACUCCCCAAUUCCCCCCUUUGCCAUGCCUCCUAUUCAUGAGGACAACUUAGAGAAAGUAUUUGAUCCCAGUGUGUUCACCUUUGGCUUGGGGAAGAAGAAGGAAAGCCAACCAGAAAUGUCACCGACUUUCCAGCUGAUGCAGAACCUGGACACAAAUUCCAAACUGAGGCCCAAACGUAUGUCUACUGAACAGAAUGCCCUCUUCAAGUCCUUGCACACUCAUAGCAAUGGGAAAGAUGAGCCCCUGAGCCCUCCAGACAUCAAUGACAAAGAAAACAGGGAUGUCCUUAAUGGUGGUGUGAAGAGAUCGAGGCUAGAAAAGAGUGCCCUUUUCUCAAGCUUGUUAUCAUCUUUACCUCAAGACAGAAUCUUUUCUCCCUCAGUGACGUCAGUCAAUACGAUGACUACAACUUUCUGCACUUCUCAGAACACUUCUCUUUCUCGGUCUUCUGUGUCACAGCCUGUGGCUGAGGGCACUCCACCCUGCGGCUCAGACAAACAGCCGAAUCUUCCACCCUGCAGCAGCUCCCUGAAGGUCUUUAAUUUUGACUCUUCAAAUGCUUCUCAUUCAGGCCUGAAAAAUCCAAUCUACAUGGAAAAAUACCUGCAGAAAGAAGAAACCAAGAAAGAGCUGGAUGCAAGAAACAACCUACACUUGCCAGAGACGAAGUUUUUGAAACUGAAGAACAGCGAUGAGACAGAUAAAACAAAUCAGGUUGAAGGGGUUUUGAAGUCUAACUUGCCAAACUAUGCAAAUAGUGACACAGACUUCGUUGGCCUUUAUAAAUCCAGCCGGUUUGAGCCAAGUCUUUCUUUUUCUGCGAUGUCACUCUCAGAUCCCACAACACUUAGAGGAAAUGGCCAAAAUAAAAUCAAUCCUCGGCCUGGAAAGAUAGUGAUAUUUCAGGAACCUGACGUCUCUGAAGAGUGUAUUGAAGUUUUUGGUGAUAUUCAGGAUUGCAGCUCUUGGAACCUUUCUCCCGUGAUCCUCAUAAAGGUUGUUAGAGGAUGUUGGAUUUUGUACGAGAAACCAAAUUUUGAAGGACACUCCAUCCCUUUAGAAGAAGGAGAAUUGGAGCUUUCUGGUCUCUGGGGUAUAGAAGAUAUUUUGGAAAAAAAUGAAGAGACAGAGUCUGCAAAGCCUGUGGUGAUUGGCUCAAUCAGACACGUGGUCCAGGAUUACAGAGUUAGUCAAAUUGAUUUAUUUACUGAACCAGAAGGGCUGGGAAUCCUUAAUUCCUACUUUGAUGAUGCUGAAGAAAUUCAGGGAUUUGGUGUAAUGCAGAAGACUUGUUCCAUUAAAGUACAUUGGGGCACGUGGUUGAUUUAUGAAGGACCUGGGUAUCAAGGUGUCCCUUUUAUUCUGGAACCUGGUGAAUACCCUGACUUAUCUUUCUGGGACACAGAUGAAGCAUACAUCGGAUCCAUGCGACCUCUGAAAAUGGGUGGACGUAAAGUUGAGUUUCCUACAGAUCCAAAGGUCAUUAUUUAUGAAAAGCCUUUUUUUGAAGGAAAAUGUGUGGAACUAGAAACAGAAAUGUGCAGUUUUAAAGAUGGAGAAGAAACAGAAGGAGUGAAUGAAGAUGGUCAUUUGCCUUUCACAGCAGUUGGCUCUAUGAAAGUUUUGCGAGGCAUUUGGGUUGCUUAUGAGAAGCCUGGAUUUGCAGGUCAUCAGUAUUUGCUUGAAGAAGGAGAGUACAAGGACUGGAAGGACUGGGGAGGUUACAGUGAAGAACUUCAGUCCUUACGCCCUAUAUUAGGUGAUUUUUCGAAUGCUCACAUGAUAAUGUACAGUGAAAAAAACUUUGGAUCCAAAGGUUCCAGUAUCGAUGUAUUAGGAAUCGUUGCUAAUUUAAAGGAAACCGGAUAUGGUGUAAAAACACAGUCUAUUAAUGUCCUGAGUGGAGUGUGGGUGGCCUAUGAGAAUCCUGAUUUCACAGGAGAACAGUAUGUACUGGAUAAAGGCUUUUAUACCAGUUUUGAAGAUUGGGGAGGCAAAAAUUGCAAGAUUUCUUCUGUUCAACCUAUUUGUUUGGAUUCCUUCUCUGGCCCCAGGAGGCGAAAUCAGAUACAUUUGUUUUCAGAACCACAGUUCCAAGGCUCCAGUCAAAGUUUUGAAGAAACAACAAGUCAGAUUGGUGAUUCAUUUUGUGCCAACUCUUGCAGAGUUUUAGGAGGAAGCUGGGUUGCAUAUGAUGGCGAGAAUUUCACUGGGAACCAGUAUGUGCUGGAAGAAGGACACUACCCUUCUCUCUCUGCUAUGGGAUGCCUUUCAGGUGCAACUUUCAAGUCUCUCCGGUUCAUAGAUGCUGAAUUCUCUGAACCGACAAUUAUUCUUUUUGAAAGAGAAAAUUUUAAAGGAAAAAAGAUUGAGCUUAAUGCAGAAACAGUUAAUCUUCAGUCCCUAGGAUUUAACACACAGAUCCGGUCUGUUCAGGUGAUUGGAGGCAUAUGGGUCACUUAUGAAUAUAGUAAUUACCGAGGUCGACAGUUCUUGUUGUCACCAGCAGAAGUUCCUAACUGGUAUGAAUUCAGCGGAUGCCGCCAAAUAGGGUCUCUCCGCCCUUUUAUUCAGAAGCGAAUUUAUUUCAGGCUUCGAAACAAAGCCACAGGGUUGUUCAUGUCAACCAAUGGAAACUUAGAGGAUCUGAAGCUUCUCCGGAUACAGGUCACGGAGGAUGUAGGAGCUGAUGAUCAGAUAUGGAUUUAUCAAGAAGGAUGCAUCAAAUGCAGGAUAGCAGAAGACUGCUGCCUGACCAUUGUGGGGAGCCUCGUCACUUCCGGCUCAAAACUGGGCCUGGCCCUUGAUCAGAACGCUGACAGUCAAUUUUGGAAUAUGAAGUCAGAUGGCAGAAUCUAUAGCAAGAUGAAACCCAAUUUAGUUUUGGAUAUUAAAGGGGGUACACAGUAUGAUCAGAGUCACAUCAUCCUCAACACAGUUAACCAAGAAAAGAUAACUCAAGUGUGGGAAGCCAUGGUUCUAUAAACCUGAAAAAGGACUCAGUAGGAAUAUUUCUGGCAGUCCUUCCAGCCAGCUUAUUUAACAUGAAAAGGACUGCUGAUGCAAGAAUUCAGGGGAUAUGACUACCUGCUUCAACAGCUCUGGACUCCCUUGGGGA